GGAGCAUAUCAUGGUUGCAAUCGAGCGUCAAAUUAUUGUUCUUUUCUAUGUGUCCCAAAUAAUGUUUAUUUAUAAUAAACUCUCGUUAAAUAUGUCAGUGCUCAAUACCGCGUGAAGUGGCGCGAACGGUCCGCGUACCGAUAUGUUCAACGCAAAUAAAAUAUGUCUGUUUUCGUGUUUAUGCGUGAUUGUUAUUAUUGUUUUAUAUUUUCAAUCGCAAAUCGCUCGGUUAGAGGAAAACUAUCAUAAACUAGAGUUUAGAUUAGUCCAGUCACAUACAGAAUCUCGUCAAUUUCCGCCCAGGGUGGUGGAAAAGAGUGACGAUGACACUGUCGUGAUAUACAAUAGAGUGCCCAAGACGGGCUCGACGAGUUUUGUGGGUGUAGCAUACGACCUGUGCAAGAGAAACAACUUCAAAGUGCUCCACAUCAACAUCACAGCUAAUAGACACAUUAUGUCGUUGAACAACCAGUAUAAGUUCGCGCAGAAUGUUACAAAAUGGCAUGAGGUCAAGCCGGCUCUUUACCAUGGUCAUAUGGCCUUUCUUAACUUCGAGAGAUUGGGCACAACUUCAAAACCUAUAUUCAUAAACCUCAUAAGGAAACCUCUAGACAGACUUGUGUCAUAUUAUUAUUUCUUACGAUAUGGAGAUAAUUACAGGCCACAUUUGGUACGGAAGAAACAUGGGGACAAAAUGACGUUCGACGAGUGUGUGGAGAAGGGCCAGCCGGACUGCGACCCGAGCAACAUGUGGCUGCAGGUGCCUUUCUUCUGCGGACACGCUGCUGACUGCUGGAAACCAGGCAACCAGUGGGCAUUAGAGCAAGCGAAACAUAAUCUAGUCAAUCACUAUUUAGUAGUGGGGGUGACAGAGGAGAUGCUAGACUUCAUAACAGUGUUAGAAGCGACGCUGCCGAGGUUUUUCAGAGGCGCCACUGAAUACUACCUUAGCAGUAACAAAUCCCACCUCAGACAGACGAGUUCAAAAAUAGACCCAACACAGAAAACUGUUGACAAAAUACAACAAUCUGUGGUCUGGAAAAUGGAGAAUGAACUUUACGAGUUCGCGCUCGAGCAAUUCAAGUUCGUAAAAAGAAAACUUCUAGUGAAAGAAGCUAAUAAUGUAGCGCAAAUAUACUUCUACGAGAAGAUACGGCCUAAAUGAGGUGGAGUGACUCUAUUAUGUGAGUGGUACGGUUGUUUUUGUUUUGGCAAAACAUUCCAUAAUUGGUGAAUACGGUGAGUGAAAUUGACCGGUAGAUAUUAGUUAGAUAUUUAUAUAUCUAGAUAUUUGUUGAUCUGGUAGUUUAUUUAGACGAAGAUAAUGGAGAAUGAAACUUAUGUUGUUAAUUAGUAGAAUCGUUCGAGCAUCACACAUCGCGUGAUACAUACGGAAUGUUGAUCACAUGUCCAUCAGCACAACGAACCGAGAUUAGUAAAUAUAUGACAUAUAUAAGGCCCAUGCUAUAUUUCGACGUAAUUUACGUUGCAGAUAUUCAGUCACAAAUCAUUUCAUACGAAAAGUGUACGUUGAAAUUUAAAUUUGAAAUUAGAAUUUAGUAAUUCCAUUAUUUGAAAUAUUAACAUUAGGAAACAUCGGAGUCGUUAUAUUGGAAUGCCUAUAAUUUCUUUAUUACUGUUUUAAAACGGAAUAUGUGCGACGUAAAUUACGUUCAGUUCCGUCAUAAUGUAUUUCAAGGGACUGUUACGAAGCGCGAUAUCGGGACCACCUUCAAAUUAAUUUUAAUGUGCGACUUUCAACCUUAUUGUAACGAACAAAAGUUUGCGAGUACUUAAAAUAUAAGCAUUCAAAUAAUGAUAUAAAUAUGUAUGACAUCAUAUUCCUUAUGUUUUCCUCACAUCUUACAAACACAUAUACAUUUUAAUUUAAUGUUUCCUGUUUGGUUUUUAGUUCAUACAUUCGUUUAGGCCAUUUAUGGUUAAUUGUACAAAUUCUGUACUAGUUUAAUUGUAUAGCUUUUAUCAAUUGUUAAUUCGUAACCUUUUGAAUUAGGUAAUAGUAUACAGUGACGUCAUGUUACAUGAUUCGUAUGAACAAAUAUUUUUGAUUACGCAACACUUGUUUUUAUUGACGGUACUUUUGUUUUCUAAAGCCCGGUGCACAUUGCAUCGCGUAAUACCAUCAUUCAUGUAUUUUUUUUUUAUUUUUGUUUUUUUAUGACAAUUGUACAUUUUAUGUAUGCGAAUUUCAAGUUGGGUUUCAUGUUAUUGUGUGGGCGUUAGGGUUAAAUUUGGUCGCAAUUCCGGAUAGUAAGUCAAUAUCAACCCGCUAUAAAAAUAUUAUGAAUGAAACGUUUUCAUAUAUUAAUAAAAUUGUUUUAAGGAAAAUAAAUUAACAUCAUGUUUUAUAUCACAAUGAUAGGUAAUUAAUAUUAAAAUUGUUCACUACUUAUGCGAUUUUUAAGUAGUAUUUUUUUUUUCACCAUCUAAUAAUUUAUUUGAGACGUAACGAAUGGUUCUUUAAAAGACAUUAUUUUUGGUACUAAUUUUGUAUUGUUUGGCCAGGUUGCCAGUUUUGGUCUUUUUUUUAACUCUAUACUUUCGUAGCUUGAGAAUAGACUAUAGUUAAAUGUUAUUUAUAAGUGGUUUCAGCGCCUCAAAAAAAUAAUUAUAGCCUGACCAGGAAACUAAAAGACUUGGUUGAGGGCGCCACUGUCGCGUUUUCAUUUCAAAGUUGACAUUGCCAGUACAAGAAAUUAGUUUCAUACAUCAACACAUGGUGAGGUUUUUUAUUCUCCUGGUCAGGCUAAACUGUAAUGGCAUAUGAGUAUCUCGAACUUCUACUUAAAUCACCUUGUUAUUUAAAUUACCAGUUAUAUACUUCAGAUAAAGUAAAAUACUCGUACUAGAAGUACAGAUAUUUUUUUAUGUCUCAGCGAACGUUGAAAAUAAUUUCGAACUUUUAAUGCUCAUGUUUGUUACUUAAAACGAAACCACAAACUGUUAUAGUUUUAGUUGAACUCUACGAGAUAACUUUCAGAUUUUAUUCCGUGUAUUGUUAUAUUUUUCAAAAUUGACGAAGUGCCUGAACCAGUAGAAACACGACACGAUAGUUGAUGUCGUUUAAUUUUGACGUUUGUGAUUGGUCGAGAUAACAAUGCGUGAGUCACGUGUUAGUCUCUCGACCAAUCACAAUCGAACGAGAGGUCGUGUCGUGCUGUUUUUGCCACGUUGUAAUGGAGCUGGUCUUUGUUUAAUGAUUUCUUAUGUUUACGCGAAUGUUACACAUUUAAAUAGAACUAAAAAUAAAAUCCGUAAAAGAUUUCUAUUUCAAUGGUCUUCGUAUGUUUGAUUUUUUCCACGAUAUCAUAUUUAAAAUGAUUUUAUUUUUUAUUUUAAUUUUUAUUAACAUGAAGAUCAUAUAGAAUGAAAGUGCAUAACAUGUGCUGUAAACUAUAUUUCUGUAUGACGAUAGGGCCUAAUUUCUGUCAUUUUGUCACUCUACAUUAUAACUAAACCAGUACAAAAUAAAAUCUAGAAGAUAUCCGUUUUAUAAAAUAUCGACAAUACACGGUCUAAUAUUUAAAAAUUGAUAUUAUUCAAUUUUGGCGUGAUUUUAAGGAACUCACAAUUUAUUACUUAAUUUACUUGUUCUGGCUGUUCACAUCUCACGGACACAAUGUGUAUGUUUUUUUAGUGCGUUACCCACUAGUAGCGAAUGAUCAUAACCCGAUUCUUGCCGGCAUAUCAUACAUUAUUUAAAACCUAAUUAUCAUUAGAACGAUUUGCAGACCGCAUUUAUGUAUAUAAUUAUUAGCACCUUUAAGUUCUGUCGGGUUCCCUUUAGAAGAUGUUUUCCGAUUGAAGAAAUUUUCCGGUCGAGAUUAGCAUCUUUUAUUUUAAGAGUAAAUAUCGUCAUUUUUUGUGUAUUGGCGAUCUCGUGGUACGUGAGAUGUGAACAAACCUAUAAUAACUUAAUAAAAAUGUGAUAUUUUUAAGUCCAUCCAACGACUUGUUGACUCAAUAACUUAUAUGUUUACGUUAUGUUUAAUUUGUGUAAUAUUUUUUUAUGUGUUUAAUUAGUUCGUUAGCGGCCAUGUAUGGUUCAUUUUUAGUAAAUUAAUUAAAUGUUUCAUUUAAGAAGUCAUCAAAAUAAUUGAAAAAUUGGGCUAUGGGUAAAAUUUUGAUACUCUUAUAUCUAGCAGAGUACUGAGAAAAAUGUAUAUACUACUGCCUAAAUCAUAAUACUUAACCCAUUUAAAUUCUCUUCUCGAUAAUAAAUAAUGUUUGGUUUAAAACACGGCAAAUCCUAUUAAAUUUGUUGAUUUGAAGAAGAGAUCAAUAUUUUUAAAAUUGUAAAUAUAAUGUUAAUUAAACUGAUAUGUUAAACAAACAUGUAUUUUACGAUAUAGCUGGACUACUAUUACAAGGUUCUAUGUUAUAUUUGAUGUGCAAAAUGAAUAAUAUGUCCGCUUUCUUAAUAAAAUAUUGACCUAUUCCAAAAUUCGAAUUCGGUUCGAAUCCCGGGUCGGGCAAAGUGAUAUUUGGGUUUUUCUGCUCAGUAUCAGCCCGGAGUCUGGAAUUUGUGCCCGAUAUGGCGAUAGGCUCGCCCCCUAUCACAUCAUGGGACGGAACAUACUUGGCGAAAAGUGGGUGCCCUAGUUGCGCCUCUGCAUACCCCUUCGGGGAUAAAAUGCGUGAUGUUAUGUAUAUAUGUCUAAAAACUAAUUUCUGCUGGUGACCUUUAUUUUUUCUUUCUUUUUUAUGCUAUAGGUUUCAUUUUUGACCUAUCUUUAUAAGUUAAAUUUUAUAGCAACUUAAAGGUCGCAAACAGCAAUUCGUUUCUUUGACGAUUCCCACAAAUUAACAAUUUUGGAAUAGGUCAUUAUUUUAUUAAGAGAGCGAUGAAUCACAUCGCCCUUAGAAUUAAAGUGACCUAUCACAAAGUUUAUUGAUUUUCUGAUUUUGUUAAAAAUGACCUUCCAAAGGAUACACCAUAAUCAUAUGACGACAAAAAUAUUAUAGAAUAUAAUCCGAGAUUCUUACUUUGGAAUACCGCUCAGUGUAUAGGUACUGCCUUUUAUAUUGUUUUCAGAUCUUUUUUACUUGUUUCCCACUAAUCUAUUUUUUUUUUUGAGUUAGGUUUCCUUAUCUCUAAGGGUGCGAGUCAUCAUUCUAUGUCUUUAAAAAUAUUAAUCUCCAAUAAUUCCGAAAAUUUAAUUAAACGGGAACCAUGAAUUAUUUUUUAAUUUUUACCAAUAUAACCAUUAUCAAACAAAAUUUUGCAAUAUAAGUAAAAACUAUCAUACCUUGUAAUAGAUAUGAUAAUGUAAAAUUGCAAAUAAUACUUUUUCUUCACUCGAUAUUAUCAUAAUAUUUUUUUUUGUUGACUAUAAACGUAAUUUAAGUCUGAAAUUAGUCACUUCAACGGGGUGAUAUAUUUUCUGUCGCCCUUUAGCCCUUGAAAAAACCAAUGCCCCUUGUGACUAAGACCCGUUACAUCAAGCGUUGAAAAAAAUGGCGCCAUAUUUUACGAGUUUUGUAAUAAUUUUUUAUUUGGGUUUUUUGUGUAUGUGCCGUAAAUAGGGCGACAUUAUCGAUGAUUUGAUGCUCGUUAUAGCAAUAAGUAAGGCGUAAAUUUUAAAUGAUUAAUAAUGAGCUACCAUUUAACACUUUAAAUAUUGGUUUGAGCAAUAUUAGGUAGCGAAAAUAUAUCACUAUCUCUUUCCAACAUUUGGAUUGUAAUGUCGGUGACGUCAUAUUCUAUCAUUUCCCUUUCAAAAUUUAAAUGCUAUUUGGAACGAAUUUUUACCCAAUUUCUAAUUUAGGUAACUAAACUAUUUAAAUAAUGCGUAACAUAUCCAAUUGAUACCAUUAUUACCAAUUAUUGAUUACCUAGGUCCCGUUUCCAUGUGAAUCACCGUUGUAUUAUUUAUCGCUUCAAAUCGUCGAAUCACUUAUUUUUUGUUUGCUAUAAUUUAUGAAGCCAGUGUUUAGCUGUUUAUUUAUUAAAGGAUAAACUUACUAGACAUUGUAUGAUAAUUUGUCUGUGUGACAUUUGUAUUGGCUGAUCAAGGGUAAAAUGGUAAAUUUCAAGAGCUUGACUAUGAUACCUACCUAUAAUACGAUAACAUACUUGAAUAAACGUUAAUCAGUGUUUAAAUGAAGAUUUUGUCACUUUCUUAAUUGAAAUAGAUACAGA